CACACCACUUCCUCUUGGAAGUUACUGUGCAGAGUGAGCUGCUAUGUAGUAUGAGCACUGGCAAAACAGGGUUCUCUCUACCUUCCAGCCAACUGGGAGCAGCCUUUGCAUUGGGAUUUAGCCUCCAAGAUGUGGUGGGGUGCCUGGAAACUUAGCCUCUCAAGAGAAGUGAGCAAGAUUUGAGAGAUUGACAGGGAUCAGCUGCUGCCACCAGCUACAGGAUGUACUGGACAAGACACCAGAAGUGAUUGGGAAGGUGUGGGCCCUGGAAUGGGAAAGAGACAGACAUUAAGAGGCAAUUACACAAUAGUUCCGGCUGGGGACUGUGUGGAAGGAUGGCUGCUGCGGAACCCCUGACUGCCUUCUCACGGUGGUACCUCUAUGCCAUUCAUGGCUAUUUCUGUGAGGUGAUGUUUACGGCUGCCUGGGAGUUUGUGGUCAACUUUAACUGGAAGUUCCCAGGUGUCACCAGUGUCUGGGCGCUCUUCAUCUAUGGGACCUCCAUCCUCAUCGUGGAGAAGAUGUACCUGUAUCUGAAAGACAAGUGUAACAUUUUAGUGCGAUGCCUCAUUUACACCCUCUGGACAUACCUUUGGGAGUUCACCACUGGCUUCAUCCUGCGCCAGUUUAACGCCUGCCCUUGGGACUAUUCACAGUUUGAUUUUGACUUCAUGGGCCUCAUCACCCUAGAGUAUGCCAUCCCAUGGUUCUGUGCUGCGUUCAUCAUGGAGCAGCUGGUUAUCAGGAACACCUUGCGCUUGCGAUUUGAUGAAAAUGCUGAGCCAGGGGACCCCACCGCCACAAUCGCCUUGGCCAACGGCCAUGUCAAAACCAAUUGAACAAUAACCCAAUGCCACACUUAAAGUGAGAGAGCCCACCCAUAUCCCAGACUGGUCUCAAAGACUGAUACAUCCUGUACGAUACACCAUCCCCUUUAUGAUGGGGGCAUGCAUGGGAUAUAGCAGAAUAAAAAUGGAACCAAUAGA